AUGGGCUUUUUGACUGCUCUUUUCGGUGUGACACUUGUUGCUUUGUGUCAAAUCUUUGGAAGUUACCAUGUAAAUGCGGGGAUGUGCUGGCUGCAGCAGAGCCAGGAGCAGCGCUGUGACAUGGUGCUGAUGCGUGGGGUCAGCAGGGAGGAAUGCUGCGCCGGGGGCCGUCUAGACACGGCCUGGUCCAACACCAGUCUGCCCAUCAACGAGGUCAGCCUGCUGGGCUUCCUGGGAAUCGUGUCCUGCAAACUCUGCAAAGAGACCUGUGAUGGUGUGAAAUGCGGCCCAGGGAAGGUGUGUAAGAUGAUGGUUGGACGUCCUCAGUGUGUGUGUUCUCCUGACUGCACUAACAUCUCCAUAAAGCAUGCUGUGUGUGGGAGCGAUGGGAAGUCCUACCAUGAUGAGUGUGCUCUGCUGAUGGCCCGCUGUAAGGGACACCCUGAUCUGGAGGUCAUGUACCAGGGAGAAUGCAAAAAGUCGUGCUCCAACGUGGUGUGCCCGGGUACCCACACCUGUGUGACGGACCAGACUAACAGUGCCCACUGUGUCAUGUGCCGCAUGACCCCCUGCCAAAUACCGCUGAAGUCCGAGGUGCCUAUCUGUGGCAAUGACAACAUCACCUACCCCAGCGCCUGCCACCUCCGCAGAGCCACCUGCUUUCUGGGGCGCUCCAUAGGAGUGCGUCACUAUGGCAACUGCUCUAGUGUUCCGAGGAACACUCUGGAUUUGGAGGGCAGUGAGGAGAAUUCACUCUAG